AUGACGAACCUGUUGAUGGACAUUUGGGUUACUCCAGUUUCUGCCUAUUGUAGUAACUGGAAAGUUUUUAUAAUCACCAGUGACUUGCCAGAUGCAGGGACCAGCUCACAGAUUUAUAUUAUUCUGUAUGGACAACAUAGAAGUUCAGCCCCCAUAUAUCUUUAUGGAACAGAUGGGGCUCAAUUUCAGGUUGGCCACAAAGACAUAUUUACUAUAACAGUUGGAGACAUUGGAGCACUCUUUAAGAUUCGUAUUGGUCAUACCAACUCUGGACCCUCCCCUUCCUGGCACUGCAAGGAGAUACAAUUGCAUAAUACGAAUUCUGGAAAACAGUUUUAUGUACCUGUUCAACGAUGGUUGGCACGAGAUCAAGAGGAUGGGGAAAUCUGUCGAGAAUUUCCUCUUUUAAGUAAAGGACAACCCGUCCUUCCAGUGACAAUAUAUGAAGUGAAUGUGGCAACGGGUGAGCUAUGGAAUGCUGGAACAGUAGCAAACGUCUACAUUUCUAUCCAUGGGGAAAAGGGAGAUACAGGAUCCAGACAACUAUUUAGAUCGAAGAGCUCCUUCAAUUUUUUAAGAGGACAAACUGACACCUUUUUCCUGGAGGCUGUGCACCUUGGAGAUUUGUGUAAGAUUGUGAUAGGCCAUGAUGGACUUGGCCCAGGAAAUGGCUGGUUUCUUGAUGAUGUUGUUAUCAAGGAUCCCACAACAAAUUACGAAUAUGCCUUCUUCUGUCACAGAUGGCUAGAUCAGGGGGAAGAUGAUUGUAAAAUUGUCAGAGAACUGUAUGCCAGGGAUAACAGUAUCUUCUCUGCGAGUAGGUAUCAUGUAUACACAUUUCCUGGAAAACUAUUUUAUAAUGACUGGAGAAAGCAUGACACUUCUGAAAUUAAUGGCCCUCUCUUUAUCUUCUCAGGGCAGAAGCUGGAACUUAAGAGAAAAGAAACAUGGACUGCAGAAAGCUGGAAGUUUACAAAAGGAAAUACUCUUCAGUUCUAUAACAAGCUGACUGGAGGGUUUGUCCGUUUGCAUCCAGAUGGCACAGUUGACGCCAUUGGAGAGAAGACAGACAAAUACGGUGUCUUUGAUGUUAUUUUCAACAAAAGAAAUAUAUGUAUUUUCCAAAGUCAUGAGAUGAGGCAUCUUUCUCUUGCUCUUGACAAUGGCAUUGUCACUGGAAUGGUUAGUGGUGAAGCCACCACUGAGCUGCGGGUGCUUUAUCAGCCUAACCGCUGUGCGCUUCUUGAGUCGGCACUGGUUCCUGGUCACACAGUUGUUUUUGAUCGUCAUGGCAAAAUAGCUGAUGCAUCAUCAGCAGGCUAUGCAAAUCUUUCAAAAGAAUUUGUGAUUUUUGUCAAGGGGGUGUUCCUCAACAGUGCUGUGGUUCUGCUUGCUACAAGCCUGUGUCAGGCCCUGUGUCUCCAGCCUGAUGGAAGCUGCACUGGAGUGGGAAGCCAGUCUGAAAAAUCCUACUGGAAAGUGCAUAAAAUCAGCUCUGGGAUUUGCAUGUUUGAAAGUGUGAAAAAUGCACAAAUGUAUCUAAGAAUCAAGGAUGGCCGAUGCGAUGGAACAGGUACAGGAGAUGUUGACUGUCGUUUUAAAAUUAAGAAGAACUUGAAGAAUGCAUCCAUAAGCCUGGAAUCUAUGAAGAGCCCAGGAUUGUUUGUUGGACUUCAGUCAGAUGGGCAGGCAAAACCAAUGAUUUAUACCAAGGAUGAGAAUGUUUGCUUCUAUCCACAAGUCAUCCAAUUUGGCAGAGAAAACCCAAUGGGAAUGUCUGCAACACCCAGCCAAGAAGAAGAAAAGAUCCAUGAAUCAAAAAAACAGAAAAAAAUACCCCCAGAAUCUGAGGCUAGGAGUCCCUUACCUUCUUCAAGUGCAAAAGAAAUCAGACAUUUCCAAAGUAGUGAGACUCUUCUGUCAGAAGAUGAAUGGAAGGUGUUAGUGCUGACGGGAAAUACAGGAACUCAAGCCAAUGUCACUCUCUGGGUGUAUGGAGAUAAAGGAGUCACUGGGCCAAUAAGUCUUCGCAAGGACAGCUCAGAGCAGCUCUUCCUUCCAGGACACGAGGAUGAGUUUCAGGUUGAAAUAAGAAGCAUUGGAAACAUAUAUAAGAUAAGGAUAGGACAUGAUGGAACCAGUGAGCAACCCGAGUGGAAUUUGCAGAGGGUGACCAUGCAACAUACGAAAAGCAAGAAGAUCCUAGAUUUUGCAGCAAACGUGUGGCUCUCUCGGAUUCAGACAGAUGGGGAUGUUGUCUGUGAGCUUCCUGUAGUAAAAGGAGGACAAGCUAUUUUUCCAUUAGUGAGAUACCAGGUUGACAUCUACACUGGGCAGCUGAAGCAUGCAGAGACGGAGUCUGAGGUUUUCCUCUGUCUCUUUGGGGAGAGGGGAGACUCUGGCCUCAGACAGCUGUACAAAUCUAACAUGCAAGUAAAAUUUCAAAGAGGACAGAACCCUGCUGGCUUUGCAUCAGCCCCAGACUCUUUCACCCGACCACUUGAGGAUAAAUGGCAGAGGCUCCAUGUCUCC